UACGUCUCUGGCUUCUUCACCAAGCAGGCCGGCGGCCGCCCAAUAUACUGGCCGCGACGUUGGAAGCGGGAGUUGUGCAAUUUGGAAGAGACCAGAAGAAAGAAAGCAUAAAAUCCUAGCGAUCUGUUGAGCUCUGAGACGACGCCAUGGCACGCUACGACCGCGCGAUCACCGUUUUCUCACCAGAUGGGCAUCUCUUCCAGGUGGAGUACGCUCUCGAGGCCGUCCGCAAGGGAAACGCCGCCGUUGGCGUCCGUGGCACAGACACCAUCGUCCUUGGAGUCGAGAAGAAGGCGACGCCAAAGCUACAGGACUCCAGGACCAUGAAGAAGAUCGCGAGCCUGGACAGCCACAUCGCACUAGCCUGCGCGGGUCUCAAAGCUGACGCGCGGGUCCUGAUCAAUCGCGCCCGGAUCGAAUGCCAGAGCCACCGUCUCACGCUCGAGGAUCCCGUGACCGUCGAGUACAUCACCCGAUACAUCGCCGGCCUGCAGCAGAAGUACACUCAGAGCGGUGGUGUUAGGCCUUUUGGCCUCUCAACCCUUAUUGUCGGCUUUGAUCCCUACACCGGGGCGCCGUCGCUUUACCAGACAGAUCCUUCGGGGACUUUCUCGGCGUGGAAGGCCAACGCUGCCGGGAGGAACUCGAAUUCCAUGAGGGAGUUCCUCGAGAAGAACUACAAAGAGACGUCGGGCCAGGAGACAGUCAAGCUGGCGAUACGGGCGCUGCUCGAGGUCGUUGAGAGUGGGGGCAAGAACAUAGAGAUUGCUGUGAUGACAAAAGAACAUGGUCUUCGCCAGCUUGAGGAGUCUGAGAUCGAUGCAAUUGUUGCUGAGAUUGAAUCAGAGAAAGCUGCAGCCGAGGCUGCAAAGAAGGCGCCUUCAAAGGAAACCUAAUUUUAUCGCAUGGAACAGCAACUCUCCUUCCAAUUCUGAAAACCUCAAUAUUGCUCGCAAGUCUUUUUGUUUGUUUUUUCCAUACAAUGAAAAGCUUCACUCUUGGGGAGAAUGGCUAUUCAGACCUGUAAGUAUGAUGCCUUUCAAAUAUUUUUAACAUUACUGGAAGAUAAAAAACUUGCAGAUACUGCUUUUACUUGUUUUUUCUGUAAUCCCGCAUAAAACAUUUUCUUUGUUGAAGUUAUUGAGAGUUGAGAUUAGGACUA